AUUCAACAGCUUCUAUGUAUGAGUUUCUUUAUUCUUAAACAUAGAUAUGCCAUAUUCUUUAAUCACACAUUCAUAAACAUAGUUAUGCCAUAUGGUAAUCGGUAAUAAAAUAAUUUUGUAUUGUACAAUCAUCACAAUUCACUCUGUAUUUUGGACUAUUAUUCUGCUAUAGCUUACAUACGUUAUUACAAGCGUUCAUGGACUGUAUACCCUUCCCCAAUGAAGUCCCAGUUCUAUCUUUUGUGAUAGAUAUAUUUUCCAUUUACUUUUUGGGCAUUAUGAUACAGACAGGGAAAGUAAAUAUGAAGCUCAAAGCACUAGUAGAGGCUAUACUUCAUUUAUCUCGCUGAGUAAGUUUCACAAUCAAAGUGAAGGUUAUCUUGUUGAUGACAUUUGCCUUGUCGAAACUGAAAUUUCUAUGCUGACCGACGCUUCUCUAGCUUCCAACGAUAAAGUAAGUUCUUUAUCCAGAUAUAUGCUUGAUUGAAACUGAAGGAAUAUUUUUAUGAUAUUGUGUUAAACAUCAUAUCAUGAGACAUCCGGAAUUCCGGAAACAAUCUUUUAGUGUUUUAGUACCAGAGUAAGACUAUGUACAUUCAACCCUCCUUACCCCAUCGUAUGUUGGACCUUUGCAGGGUAACGUUGUUGCUGUUAUUAUUGUUGUUUGUCUUGAACAUCAUAAUUCUUAAUGAUAUGUUUUUCUCCUACUUGUCUGGGAUCAGGUUGUAGAUUCUUCACUGGCACUUGAUCUGGAUGGAUCUGUUUAUGUAGAGGCUCAAUCGUUUCUAGAGUCACUGCCCAAGAGACCUUCCAGUUUCGGCUGCACGGGAUCCAAUGAUCUAAAAUGUGAAAUGGAUUUCCUCAAAGGAACUUCACAUUCUGCAAAAGAAAUCAUUGACACAUUGAUAUCACACCCUUUGGAUGUUUUGGCUGAACCCCGGAAUGAAACUGCCAUACUCGAGUCUCUGUCUUCUCUAACCGCCCACAUUUAUUUGAAACAUACUUUUCCUGAGAUGAUUCAGGAAUGGAGACGUCAAAGGAAGGGAAGAAGCGGGCAUCCCUGGUCUAGUUUUGAGCACACCCGAAAUUUGCUUGAGGACUUGGUGAAAAGGGGGGAAGGAAUAAAGGCUAAGCUGGAGAAGCUGUACAAGAAAGAAAGGGAAUUUGAAGCUCAGCUCGAGGCUAUUGAGAAUUGCAGUCUAUCUCUCAAGGAGGAAAGGCAAGAAUUAUUAAACCAAAUAAAGAUGGCGUAUUCUCUUGCGGAGGAGCAGGCUAGGAAUUACACUGAAGCAGAAGAGGUGGAGGUUGACCUUGCAAUCAAACAGCUAGAGCUGAGGUUGAAGUCAAAGUGGGCUGCAACCAGACUUCUCUUCUAUUGAGAAUCAUGGCAGGCCGGCCAAGGCUUUAAUUACCUUUCCCAGCAUUUGUCUUUAUCUGCUGUUAAGGGCUCGUUUGAGCGUAUUGUGAGUUUCAACAGGUCAUAAGUUCAUAGUUUUUGUAAUUGUUUCGGUUCCAACUUCUAAAUGAGCAUGAUAGUUGUUAAUUAAAUGAACAUAAUCAGUCAGAGCUCGAUUCAUGUUGAGACUUAUUAUGGAGUUUUGAUACUCUAUAAUAGGGGUGGGCAAAUCGGUUUAGUUCGGUUUCGGUUUCGGUUCGGUUUUAGUUUAUUCAGUUUGAAAGAAUUUGUACCAAACUAAAACCAUUUGAAUUUUGGUUCAGUUUCGGUUUGGUUUUGGUUCAGUUCGAUUUAGUUCGAUUUGAUUCAGUUUCUUAUGUUUAUUAUUUUAUUUGAUCAUGUUCUAUAUUUUAGGAUUAGAACAUGAAA